AUGAGCGUUGUCACGAGUCCUUGUAGUCAUCCGCGUCAUUCAACAUGCAUCGCCUGGGAAUGCCGUGAUCAGGCCGACCAGGCCGAGAUCUACUACAAUCAUCCCCUUCGCACCAAGGUUCGACGUCUCGAGGAUGAGAAUAUGACCCUGAAGCGCCUACUCCGUGAGAAUGGCAUCUCUUGGCAAACCCGUCCCAAGCCCGCGAGGACUUCUACUGGGCGAAUCACCCGUGCUUCUACUAGAGCCGUUCGCCCGCCCCUCCCACACAUCCCGGUUGAGAUACAGCUUAGAAUUAUGUCAUUCGCUCUGACUAGCUCACUUCCUAUCGUCGAUCCGCUAUGCAAGGUCAAGCCGGAGAAUCUGACGGUACGAGAGAAGUCCAAGUCUAGCAGACUCGCGAUUCAUUUCUUGGCCACCUGUAAGGCCUACCAUGAUGAGGGCACCAAGCUCCUAUGGACCAAUAACUCCUUUGUCUUCACCAGUCCGGAGUCACUCAGAAACUUCGCCGAGGUCCCUCUUCACUUCCGACAGAACAUCAAGGAUGUCACCCUCCGCGUCAUUGCAAGGUUCUAUGACGACGAAGAGCGAACACACAGGAUUAGUCGCAACUACCACCCCGAUCUUAGAAAGGCCGUUGCCUUGACCGUGCAUAAGCGACCUAAGGAGAAUAGUCUUGCUCGCCGUGGUUUUCGAACUUACGGUUGGUACCAGCUUGCUGACUUCCUCACGGCUAUGUUGCCUCCCUUCAACCCUUCUUACGUUUCUCAUAGCAAUGGUUCGGCCACAACGUAUUCUGCUCCAUUGCCUAAGUUACUACCAUCUCUAGAAAAGAUUCGCAUUGACUUUGUGAAUUUCGGUGAAGACAUAUUUAACAACCCGCCUCCCCAACUUCACGAAGUCGCGUCACACCAGCUUGGAUGCACACUAAAUGAGGUAGUUUUGACUGGCUUGCCGAGUGAUGAGACCGGUCUUCGGGUUUGCAAUGAGAUGGCCGGCCUUUUAAAGAACGAGGGUCUCCUUAUUGAUCACGCACCUACGAUGAUAGCUCUCAAGAACGGCGUGCGUGCUCUCGAAUGCGAUACUCAUGAGUGUCAUUACUGUGCUAAGGUCGUUCGAGCGAUGCGCGCAUUUAAGAGUGGCGACCACCAUCACGAUGAUGUGCAUUCCCAUCUGUUCGGAGCCGACUUCCCACCCGCACCUAAAGAUGAAGGCGAGCCACCUUAUUCCUAUUAUCAUUCCUGCCGAACCAUUUGGAAGAAAAUACCUAUCAAGCUCGGCAACGAUGAGCGCAAGUGGGUGCUAUUUGACAGGAUGAGCGGACUUCCGUGGGAUGACGUCGAGGAGGACAUCACCAUGUUCGAUUUUCUUAGCGACGAAGACGAAGCUAUCGCUUGUGAGAAUUGCGGCGAGGUUCAUCCGGGAGCCAUUCCUCCCAUAGAGAUGAUGGAUCUUUACGACGACUUUUAA